AGUGCUGCCUGCUCUGGACCUGAGUCCUGGAGCCCUUCUCUACCCGGAUAGGUUCUAAAUCCUCCUCCUCCUUGGCCCACCUGUGCCCCACCUGUGCCCCGCCCCACUCUGCCCAGAAGUGCAAGAGCCCAAGCCGCCUCCAUGGCCCCAGGACGGAUUCAGGGGAGAGGCCCCAUUCAGGGAGCCACUCCAAGCAGACAGCCUGGCCAGAAUGGAGCUGACUGAAUUGCUCCUCGUGGUCAUCCUUCUCCUAACUGCAAGAAUAACUCUGUCCAGCCCGGCUCCUCCUGCCUGUGACCCCCGACUCCUACAUAAACUGCUUCGUGACUCCCAUGUCCUUCACAGCAGACUGAGCCAGUGUCCAGACGUUAACCCUUUGUCCACACCUGUCCUUCUGCCUGCUGUGGACUUCAGCUUGGGAGAAUGGAAAACCCAGACGGAGCAGACCAAAGCACAGGACGUUCUGGGAACCACGACCCUUCUGCUGGAGGCAGUGAUGGCAGCGCGGGGACAGCUGGGCCCCACUUGCCUCUCAUCCCUCCUGGUGCAGCUUUCUGGGCAGGUCCGUCUCCUCCUUGGGGCCCUGCAGGGCCUCCUAGGAACCCAGCUUCCUCCACAGGGCAGGACCACAGCUCACAAGGAUCCCAGCGCCAUCUUCCUGAACUUCCAACAGCUGCUCCGAGGAAAGGUGCGCUUCCUGCUGCUUGUAGUGGGGCCGAGCCUCUGUGCCAAGCGGGCCCCACCCGCCACAGCUGUCCCAGGCAGCAUCUCUCCAUUGCUCACACUGAACAAGCUCCCAAACAGGACUUCUGGAUUGUUGGAGACCAACUCCAGUGUCUCAGCCAGAACUACUGGCUUUGGACUUCCGAACAGGCUGCAAGGAUUCAGAGCCAAGAUUCCUGGUCUGCUGAACCAAACCUCCAGGUCCUUAGGCCAAAUCCCUGGACACCUGAAUGGAACACAAGGACCCUUAAGUGGAAUUCAUGGACUCUUUCCUGGGCCCUCACCCAGGGCCCUAGGAGCCCCGGAUAUUCCUCUGGGAACUUCAGACAUGGGCUCCCUGCCACCCUACCUCCAGCCUGGAGAUUCUCCCCCAGCCCAUCCUCCCCCUGGACAAUACACACUCUUCUCUCCUUCGCCCACCUCACCCAUCCCCACGGUCCAGCUCCAACCCCUGCUUCCUGACCCCUCAGCCAUCACACCCAACUCUUCCAGUUCUCUUCUAGUUGCAGCCCACUCUCACUUCCGGAAUCUGUCUCAGGAAGAGUAAGGUACUCAGCACUGCCAAUGUCAGCCUCCAUGUACAGUCCCCUUACUUGUAGGAGAGGCCCUGGGAGACAACUGCAGCUAU